AUAUAUAUAUAUAUAUCACAAAAAGGGAAAAUACGCAGAGUUACUCGGCCCGUUGGCCGGCCCAUUAUAUGCCCGUCACGGCGCUGGAGGAGUCAUACUCUGCGUCUCUCGUCACCCAAAGGCAGCACGCACUCUAGGAGGGAGUCGACUCUGCGCCCCGCGUCUCGGUCGGAGAUGAUGGAUCCCCAGGCUGGAGGAGAACCGCCGGCCGCCGAAGGCUCGUCCAAGUCCGCGCCGACGGCGAGGAAGAGGACUCCCGGGAGGUGGAGAAGGAUCCCACGCGCCCACCCCUUCACGCCGAGUAAAACGCCGGAAGAAGCGGAGUUGUCAAUGCUGAAAACCGCCGAGUUCAUAGAGAACAUGCGCGAGGAGGACUGCGAUCUGCUCACGGAGGAGGACAGGCUCGACUUUCACGCCUUCAAGAGGAAGAUGGGCCCUGCCAUGCGCCUCAUCGCCAAGUCCAGGCUCGACAACACCUUCUUCAGCCCCAUACAAUUCAGCGACACAAAGGAGGAGCACCUGACCGCCGAGGACAUGGAAGCACAAAUAUCAGCACGAUUUCCUCAUCGCAAGCCUUGCCAGCAAGCAAAAGACUUUGCUGAACUUGCUCUGGCGCACUACAAUGAGAGGAACAAGACGGUCAGCAAACAACUCAUUAUUUUCUUGCCAUCUCAAUAUCUCUUGCUCUUUUUUUGAGACAAUCUCAAUAUCUCUUGCUGAACUUGCUCUGGGGUACUAGUAUUAUUUAACUUACUCGCGAACUGUUUCUCGAAAAAAAUGUUACAAACAGAGCGGGUUUGAGUUGGUCACGACUCUGCUAUCGAAUUGCUUCUCCGAGUCGUCUGGGGACAUUUAUGGCCAUGUUAAUUUCACAGCCGUUCCUCGGAAGCAGACUGCCGCAGACACUGCUUCAAAGACCAAGAGGCUAUUCUUUGCUGAGCUUAUGCAUACUCCGAGCCUUGAAGCAUAUGCAAGGGCUCAGCCUAUGCGUGUGCUGCGUGUGUGCACCAUUGAUGAUGAUUUUUGUUAUGGUAUGUAUUUCAAUCCUCUCAAUUCAUUUUUUAUAUGGUAAAGCUGUUAAUUUCCUAUGUAUAGUAUUGAAGUAAUACCUCAUGCAAGGGGGGUGGAAGGGACAGCCAAAACAUAAGUAGACUUGCAAUGACUACGCGACACUCAAGCCUGCGGCUGAUGCUUGCCUGGCCUGCUUCAUGUGCUCCCUGCCCCCUUUUUUAUGAUAAGAUCAUAAAAUGUGUGGGCAGUUGGGACAAACACAUAUCUUACAAGCUUGUUCUUAUAUAUAUUCUCUUUUUGCACAGAUCUGGUGCGUGUUUCUAUUGCAUUGAAAUAUGAGUCUCACUGGACAUAGACGAAAUAGUUGGCCUCGGCGUUAUUACUGGAGUGAAUUCCGGUUUUUACCCCCUAUUUUGACAUUUUUGACACUACUUACCCCAUUUAGCGAAAUUUCAUCCAUUUUACCCCAUUUAACAAAAGUUCUGCCACGAUUUACCCUGUUUAAAA